GAGGAUGCUUACUGUUACGUAAAGAGUAUUAAUGAUAAACUAAGGCGUAGAGAGAUCUUCGCAUAGAUUUGGUUGAUGAAUAUUCAAUUCCAACCCAAAACAAAGCUUAAUCUUAAUGUUUUUAGUCACACAACCUUUGGUCUGACAUUGAACUCGCUCAGUACCGAGGCUGUCAUUUCAUCGUGCUGUUGUGUGAGCUGUAAGCGUGGGAGGUUUGCCGUAAUUCAAUGUCUGAUCUGUUGUAAUUUCAAGGUCUUAGGGAAUACUUAAUGGUAAGGAAGAAGAGAGUACUAUUAGGGUAUCAUUUACGAAGGAUAGUGUGGAUUGUAAAGAGACUCGUCUUUCCUGGAAACAGAACCCCUGGAGCUAAUUCUUACUGGACUCAACCAUAACCACAACUGUUUUGUGCAUAAAUCUUCGCGAAGAAGCGAAGCAUUUGACAAGAGAACCGCCUCGACUCGACAUCGACAAACGAAGAUUGAAAGCCUUGGUUUUGUUGCUAUGCUGAUAAUAUAGACAUCAGGUAGCGAGAGCAUUUUAGAGGAAAAUCCAUACGAGUUUAGUACUGUUAUUUAGUGAGUAGAGACGAUCUUCCAAGAUGAGUUUGACGGUAACUAUACCAGGCCAGACGCCAAUGUCAGAGGACAAGUUUUAUGACGAUAUUUUUUCGGCUUUAAAAGAAAUGAUGUCCUUUCUAAAAGAUUUAAAGCUUGCACAAUUAUCGGAAAGACACCUGAAGGAGAGAACUCGCGUGGAGGGAGUUAUACACAACCUACAACUCAAGAUUGCCGAGCACGUCCACGCUGCUCAGCGCGUGAACGGAGUCAAAUCCCCAAGGCCUGUGCGCAAAGGCGCCGCUGGAGGCCAAGAGGACAACUUUCCCGCCUUUUCUGCUCAUUUAUCAAGGUUCGAAACAGUCGACGCUCAUGACCAUUUGCAACCAAGGCAACCCCAACGAGUGUCGUACUCACCCGAGGCGAAAAGGAGACUCGAGGUGGUGAAACCUAAAAUUCGUCCUAGAUCAAUCUCGUGUCCAGAGAUUCGUUAUUGUCCACACAGUUGGAAGACAUCGCUGCCUAAAGUACCAGAAAGCGAGGAACUCAAGGAAGACGAUGACAAAGAAAACGCAAAAAAAACCAAAGCUAUUGAAUAGUUACAACUCACGUAAAGAAUCUUUGAGAUUAAAAAACAAGCCUGUCAA